GCUCCCGGGAGCCGGCGGGACCUGCUCCUGCCUGGGGCGGGCAGCGCCGCAGCCUCCGAGGCCCCGGACCCGCCCGCGCGGGUCACCCACGGCGCGGGCAGAAGCUGGCCGACAUCGCAGGGCGGUCGUGAGUCGUGCCGCGCGCAGCCGCAGCGCUUGCGGCGCGGAGACAGCACGGGCGGCGGGCUUGUUGGCGAUCGGCACCCGCAAAGCGCUCGCGGCUCAGGCCGAGCUCGCAUCACCCUCUGCCUUCGGAGGAGGCGGGAGCGACGCCCCUUUGGCAGGAUUUGGUGUUCUGCUUGCCCUUCCAGAAGCUUUUGGAUGCCGCUGCCUCGACCUCCAAACCCUGCAGGUUCAGGCCUGGACAGAGCUCUUUCCCAGAGCACCUUGACUCCCCAGCAGAGACUCUAGCUGCCAGUCCCCACUCCUCUGGAGCUGCCUGCCCUGUUCACCAUGGCCUGCUGCUCACCACCCACGAACCCUUCCAGGCCACAGAGCGCUCCCCUCGUGGGGCCCGUCAUCGCUGGCUCCCCCUAUUCAGUGGUGGUCUUGCAAGAGGGCUACUCUGUGCGGCUGCCCGAUGGCAGCACCCGGGCAGAUGGGACAAUCUCGCUGGUGCUGGGGCCCCACCUUACCCUGGUGGACACGGGUGGGCCAUGGAGCCGGGAGCGGCUGCUGGAGGGCUUGGCCAAGCAAGGCGUGUCCCCAGGGGACAUCCGACAUGUUGUCUGCACGCACGGCCACUCUGACCACGUGGGCAACCUCAAUCUCUUUCCCCAGGCAGGGCUGAUUGUGGGCACGGACGUCAGCCAGCCUGGUGGGCGCUACCUCCCCACGGGAUUGCCGCAGGGCGUCCCCUAUCCCCUCCACGCAGGGCACCUGGAAGUGCUGCCCACGCCUGGCCAUACGGGGAACGAUGUCAGCUUGAUGGUGCGGGGCACCGCUCAGGGGAACGUCUUGGUGGCUGGAGACCUUUUUGAGUGUCGGGAUGAUGAGGGAGAGUGGCAGUCUCUCAGUGAGCACCCAGCGCGUCAGGCAGAAAGCCGGGCGCAUGCUCUGUGCAUUGCUGACAUCAUUGUGCCUGGCCAUGGGGCACCAUUCCGGGUCUUCCGGCAGGGAAUCGAGCGUCCUGUGGGUCAGGAGGGGGUGUGUCUGGAUGAUCUCUACGGGUCAGCAAAGACCUGCAGACCUCUUUGUGCCCAACUAAUGCAAAGCGCCAAUAAAAGGUGAGAAAUUGAA